GAAAAGCAUAACAAAGAAUACAAACUGAUUCGAUUUGUCGGAAGAAACUAAAAAAAAGUUUAGCGAUUGUAAUCGUCUAUUCGUUUGUCUUUUUGCACGAAAAUCGAAGAUUGGAUGAAGCAAAGAGUGUUGUUAUCCCAAACAUGACAAUCUCUGAAGAAAUCCAGAGAGCGACAUGCGCCUCGCCUUCCGGAGAUCACCGCUUCGAGAAGCUUCGCGGCGUCCGAUGGCGAAUAAACCUCGGAAUCUUGCCGUCUUCUCCUUCCUCCACCAUCGAUGAGCUUCGAAGAGUCACCGCCGAUUCCAGAAGGAGAUAUGCUGCUUUGAGAAGGAGACUGUUGAUUGAUCCACAUUUGCCCAAGAAAGGAAUCAAUCCUCCAGAUCUAACCAUUGAUAACCCUUUAUCACAAAAUCCUGAUAGUACUUGGGGAAGGUUCUUCCGUAACGCAGAGCUUGAGAAAACACUCGAUCAAGAUCUUUCACGCUUGUAUCCGGAACAUGGGAGUUACUUUCAAUCCUCUGGGUGUCAAGGGAUGCUAAGACGGAUACUUCUCCUUUGGUGUUUAAAGCAUCCAGAGAUCGGUUACAGACAAGGGAUGCAUGAACUAUUGGCUCCUUUGCUAUACGUUCUUCAAGUGGAUGUCCAGUAUCUAACGGAAGUUAGAUCAAACUACGAAGACCAGUUCACCGAUUUGUUCGAUGAGCUAGCCUUCCAAGAACGUGAUUCCGCAGCUUAUGAUUUCGAUAUAAAGAAAGUUUUAGAUGAUUCCAUGGAAGAAGAGGAAGAAGAAGAAGGAGAUGAAAACGGUCAUGCAACCAAGAAGAAAAAACCGAAGCGUUUCGACGAGCUAGACACCGAGACGCAGACUGCUGUUCUGCUGAGCGAUGCUUACGGAGCAGAAGGCGAAUUAGGAAUCGUCCUCUCUGAGAAGUUCUUGGAACACGACGCCUACUCUAUGUUCGAUGCUCUCAUGUACGGUGGAUCUUCUCUAGGAUCUGUCUCCGUUGCGAACUUCUUUGUCUACUCAGCUCCGAGCGAUUCCGUCACGGGCCUGCCUCCAGUGAUAGAAGCUUCAUCAGCAUUGUAUUACUUACUCUCUCUAGUCGACGCUUCUCUCCACAGCCAUCUAGUCGAGCUCGGCGUUGAGCCGCAGUACUUUGCGCUACGCUGGCUACGUGUUUUGUUCGGGAGAGAGUUUCCUCUGAGCAAUCUCUUAACCGUGUGGGAUGAGAUAUUCUCAGCUGACAACUCCGAGGUAGAGAGAGUCUCUGCUGUUGAGGAGGAUGAUGAUGUUGUUUCAGGGUUUGAGUUCAGGAUCCUUAGCUCUCCACGUGGAGCUCUGGUGGCGGGGAUGGCGGUUUCGAUGAUACUCUAUCUGAGAUCGUCUCUUCUAGCGACUGAGAACGCGACCUCUUCUCUCAAGAGGCUGCUGAACUUUCCGGAGGAUAUUGAUUUGAGCAAAGUCAUCGAGAAGGCGAAGUCGUUGCAGAGUUUAGCGUUGGAGAUCAAUGCUCGUCGUGAUUUGCUCCCGAAAGGGUCGAGGAAGCCUAUGAGAGGGCACAGCUUGUCUGUUGAUUCGAUCUCGCUUGGUGGUUCUUCCUCUUCUCCUGUGGGGAGAGUUCCUGAGAGCUACUGGGAAGAGAAGUGGAGAGUUAUGAACAGCGCGGAGGAGGAAGAAAAAGCACGGAGGAAGAAAGCGUCGCAGAGACAGAACACGGUGAAGAAGAGCUGGUCGGAGAGAGUGAAGCUUAGGCUUUCGAGGACUGAGUCUGAUCCAUCAGAUAGAAGCGGGAACAAGCCGCCUAUUAGACGCAGUUUGCUUGAUGAUUUGUCCAAGCAGCUAGGGGACACAGAUUCAGAUAUGGAACGGUCAUCUACAGUUUCUGAAUCACCAAGUGGGGAGUGUGAGGAGAAUGGUUUAGAUAAAGGCAAAAGUGAGGACCACGUGGAGUUGCCACUUCCGGUUCCUGAGAACGAGUCUGAGGGGAAGUCAGUGGUGAACAUCUUCAGGGAUAGGAAUAUUCUUUCGGGUAAGUUCCAGAGGCUAUGGAGGCUAGGUAGAAGUUUGACGGGGGAGGAGACCUCGGAGAGGAAAGAAGCUAAAGCGGUAGAGCCUGAAGCUGAACCGAAAGAACCUGAAGCUGAACCAGUAGAACCUGAAGCUAAACUGAUAAAUCAUGAAGAAGAAGAAGAAGAAAAGACCAAUUCGGAAUCAACUGUAGGUGAUGGAGAUACGUUAAAGAAUACAGGACGUUCCAUGCUUGAACAUAUUAAGGUGUUAGAGUCGGUGUUGGAGCAAAGUUCACCGGAGAAUAUGGCUGAGAACCAUAGAGUAACGGUUGAAGAAGCUCUGAGAGAACUUCGUAGACUUGGAACUAUGUUGUUGUCAGAGCAAAUGUAAAGUUUAUUACUACUCGGUUUCGUAAUUUAAUUUUGUAAUCUGAAAAUUCAUUUUGUAUCUGUGUGUGUCUGUGUGUGUGGAGGAGAGAGAGAAGACAGAGUAAGUGUAUUUGUAUAUACGAGAAUUUUUGAAGAGGGUUUUGAUUGUUU